AUGCCCCACGCUAACUCCGUCAACAUGGGUGAACCAGUCGUCAAUGGCGAGAAUAUCCAUUCUCAAUUCCUCAAUCACCUCACCUCCUACCCUGUCGUCUCCGACUCCAUCACCCGCUUCAAGAGCAACCCGUACGGCGCCAAGUCCCUCGAACUCAGCGACCACGCCUACGCUCGCAUCGCCAAGCCCGUCCUGCCCUACUUCUCGACGCCCUACAGCUAUGUGGCACCCUACCUGGCCCGCGCCGACUCGCUGGGCGACCAAGGCCUGAGUGAGAUCGACUCGCGCUUCCCCAUUAUCCGUGAGGAUACCCAGAAGAUCCGCGGCACCCUCUACAACACCGCCGGUUACCCGGUGCGCGUCGCGGGCGACGUCAAGCACCACCUCUUCGAGAUCUACGGCUCCGAGUACAAGAAGUGCGGCGGGGACGGCCUCUUCGCGUCGGGCAAGGCGCUCAUCACGACGAGCCUGGUGCUGUCAUCCGAGUCGCUGGCCUACAUCAGCACUUGGCUGCAGACCGCCAAGGAGGAGGUGAAGGAAGUCGUGAACGAGAAGACCAACAACCAUUGA